AUGGCAAAGACAUCUAAUGAAGCUUGGAGGAUUAUGCUAAAAUCUUACAAAGGCGAUGAUCGUGUCAAGCAGAUACGUUUACAAACGUUGCGAGGGGAAUUCGAGUCACUAAGCAUGGAUGACUCGAAAUCAAUCUCGACAUAUUACGAUCGUGUGCAAUCAACUAUUAUUCAAAUGAAGAUUAAUGGAGAGAACAUUACCGAUGAGAGGGUAGUACAAAAGAUUAUACGAUCAUUAAAUAGCGAUUUCGAUAAUGUUGCUUCCGCAAUUGAAGAGGCGCAUGAUUUGUCAACCUUGUCCAUUGAAAGGUUGUUGGAUUCGUUGUCGUCACAUGAGGAAAGAAUGAGGCAACAAGGAAACCAAACUGAACGAGCUAAUGUCGCUGAAGCGGGGGAGAAUUUGGUUUUUGCAUGUAAAGAAGGACCAAUCAACGAAAUAAGCAAUACUUGGUAUCUUAACACAAGGUGUAGCAAUCACAUGAUAGGAAAAAAGGAAUUGUUGUUUUACUUGGAUGAAUCGAUAAGUGGAGAAGUUAGCUAUGGAAAUGAAAGCAAAGUUCUUGUAAAAGGCAAAGGUAACAUGAAUAUUCAAUCAAAAGAUGGUAAUAAUGUCACUCUUGCUGAUGUGUAUUAUGUGCCUGACAUAUUUUGGAAUUUAUUGAGCAUCGACCGACUUACUGAGAAGGGGCACACAAUUUAUAUUCAAAAUGGCAUUUGCGAGAUCAAAGGAAAAGAUAACAAAGUUAUUACAAGAGUGAAAAAGAUGAAGAAUCGCAUGUUUCCUUUAUCUACCCAACCAAAAAAACAAUUAUGA